UUCAUUUUGAUGUCGACACGAACAUUUAGACGUUACCUGCAGUUUUGUUAAAGUACACCCAGUUUCAAGUUCGUUUAGUUUAUGCUUUGUAAUGAACAACAUGUACUGUAACUAUUAAUGUUUAAAUAGCUGGAACAUAGUUUAUAAAAUUAAAUAAACGAAUCAAAUCAUCCUGAAUCCCCUCAUAUAAAAAGUAGAUCCGUCCAAUAUAAUCUUGACAUUCCUAAUUGAAAGUGUGUACUGAUUGACGACCAGGUAAACAUGUGAAUUUUGAUUUUCAAACACGCGAUAUUUGUAAAUAUUAGUGUACACAGAGUUUAAAUAUUGUUCAAAUGAAGGAAAUAGUGCAGUUUAUAUAGCGGAAUAUGGGAUCAGGUUCAAGCAAACCAAAAACUCAAGAAAAAACUCCACCAGCCAGAUCUGAUAAUGUUUCCAAGUCAUCAAGGCAACUUAAAAUUGAAAAAAAUGAGAAGUCAGGACUUGGUGGAAAUGAAAAGAUCACAAAUAACACGAAAACUGAUAAUAAUAAGUUCCAAACAGUUUCUGUGACAACAAAUAAGAACUCUAAUGAAAAGAAAAAUGGUAAAGUCAAAAACAACGAAACUUCAAAGACUUUGGGAAACUUUGAAAGUGAUUCAGAAUCAGAAGCUGGUGAUAUCAAUGCAGUCUUAGAAGCGACAAGAAACGAAUAUAACAGUCAGCUUCGAGAACAGAAUUUGAGAAAAACCAGGGACAAUGAUGCAAGUUAUCCAGAAACCUAUGCUCAAAGACUGCAAAGGGAGCAGUACAGGAAUCAGCCGCAGGGAAUUCUGCGGCAGAAAACUAUUUAUAGAAAUCCAGAUGAAUGGGAAGUGGAUGAGCUUUUAGAUUUGAACAAGAAUGAGACACAAAGUUUUGAUGUGUCAAAGUUUAAACAAGCAAAUGUAAACCAAAGAAACGACACUGAAGAAGAUACUAUGUUAAGCAACGAUAUUUUCACACCAGA